AUGGCUGUACUCUCGAAACUUACCCCUAUUAUCGCGGGGAACUUUGCCUUGCAGGCAGCCUUUGCUUCUAUUUUUGUUCCGGCUCAGAAUGAAAAGUUCUACGAUCUAUGCGGUGCACUGGGUUUCCUCACUGGCGCCGGCAUGUCCUUGUACUAUCCUUCGUUGCGCGACAAGUUCUGGUACCAGAUUCCGGGUGCAUCGCUCCCCCCAUUAACUAGUUUUGCUCCUCGACAGCUAUUGUUAACCAGCUGUCUUUGCCUGUGGGCGGGCCGACUCGGGUCUUUCCUCGUCCAGCGAGCUUGGAAAGCAGGAGGUGAUUCUCGAUUCGACGAGAUCAAGAAACAACCAGGCAAGUUUGCUGGCUUCUGGUUCGGUCAGGCCUUGUGGGUAUCGAUUGUCGGGCUUCCAGUAUACCUUGGUAAUAUUCUUCCUGCUUCAAAACAAGCACCUAUUGGAAAGUUCGACAUGCUUGGCUUGUCUGUCUUUGCUGCUUCAUUAGCCUUCGAGGUCAUCGCUGAUCGUCAAAAGUCCGAUUGGCGUGCGCGAAAAAAUGCAAAACUUCACGACGAGAAAUUUAUCACAUCCGGACUUUGGAGUAUUAGCCGUCAUCCGAAUUACGUUGGUGAAGUUGGCUUACAGACUGGGAUAUGGUUGCUAUCGACCACCGCACUUUCGUCUCCACUGUUGCCGAAAUACGCACCAUUAGCUGCAGCAAUUAGCCCGUUGUUUACAUGGCUGCUGUUGAGGAAGGGAUCUGGCGUUCCUCCACUAGAGGCUCAAGCUCAGAAGAAAUUUGGCGGAGAUCCAAAGUGGGAGGAAUAUAAGAGGACAGUACCAGUGUUCUUCCCGUGGGGAGGGUACCGGUGA